AUGAAAAUCUUCGUGUUGAUCCUCUUCGCCACCUUGCUCUCGCUGCGCCAAUCCCAAGAGUUAGAAGGCGGUCACAAAGAACACAAAGAGCUCAUCACCUUUACCCCCGGGCAUUUUAAAAUUUUAUCUUUCCCGCCAUUCGCAUCGCGUGCCACUGCCCCGGCGGCUGCAAAUCCGCGCCCCCAGCGCCAAGAUCACGAGCUGCAAGGAAAAGAGGAGGAGCUCGCCAUCGAGAUCCUCCACCGGAGCUCCCGGCGCGAUGGCGAUCCCCAUUAUCAGGAUCCUCUCCACGACAUCCACAGCGCGAUGGAGCGGGACGAGGCGCGCCUCCGCUGGAUCCACCACCGCAUCCAGUCGAGCGAUCGUCGCCACCGCCGCGGACGAUCGCUCCUCCAGACCGCCCAGAUUUCCUCGGGAUUGAGCCUGGGCAGCGGCGAAUACUUCGCGAGGAUGGGAAUUGGAAACCCGCAGAGAUCCUACUACCUGGAGCUCGACACCGGCAGCGAUGUCACCUGGAUCCAGUGCGCGCCCUGCUCUUCCUGCUACUCUCAGGUCGAUCCAAUCUACGAUCCCUCCAAUUCGUCGAGCUACCGCCGCGUCUACUGCGGCUCGGCGCUGUGCCAGGCGCUGGAUUACAGCGCCUGCCAAGGCAUGGGAUGUAGCUACCGCGUCGUCUAUGGCGAUAGCUCCGCUAGCAGCGGCGAUCUUGGCAUAGAAUCCUUCUACCUGGGGCCGAAUUCCAGCACCGCGAUGCGAAAUAUCGCGUUUGGAUGCGGCCAUAGCAACUCGGGCCUCUUCCGCGGCGAGGCGGGGCUCCUAGGGAUGGGCGGCGGCACGCUCUCCUUCUUCUCCCAGAUCGCGGCCUCCAUCGGCCCCGCAUUCUCCUACUGCCUGGUGGAUCGCUACAGCCAGCUCCAAUCGCGCUCGUCGCCGCUCAUCUUCGGGCGCACCGCCAUACCCUUCGCCGCCAGAUUCACGCCGCUGCUCAAGAACCCUAGAAUCAAUACGUUCUACUACGCCGUCCUCACUGGGAUCAGCGUCGGCGGUACCCCGCUGCCCAUACCGCCCGCGCAGUUUGCGCUCACGGGCAACGGCACCGGCGGCGCCAUCCUCGACUCGGGCACCUCCGUGACGCGCGUCGUGCCGCCGGCCUACGCGGUGCUGCGCGACGCGUACCGUGCGGCGUCGCGGAACCUACCGCCGGCGCCGGGGGUCUACCUGCUCGACACGUGUUUCAAUUUCCAGGGGCUGCCGACGGUCCAGAUCCCAUCGCUGGUGCUCCACUUCGACAAUGGCGUGGACAUGGUGCUGCCCGGCGGGAAUAUUCUCAUCCCGGUGGAUCGCUCGGGGACGUUUUGCCUGGCUUUCGCGCCGUCUUCCAUGCCCAUCUCGGUCAUUGGCAACGUCCAGCAGCAAACCUUUCGAAUUGGGUUUGAUUUGCAAAGAUCUCUCAUCGCCAUAGCUCCAAGAGAGUGCUAAAGUUGAUUUGCAAAGAU